AUGGAAGGCAACCGGUCAGAAUGCGCCGAUUUCACGACAUCCCGCCCCGACCCGACGAAUGAGGGCUGGGUGAUCGCCGUCUUCUCCGUCGUCUACCUUCACAUUUUUGUGCUCGGCCUCAUUGGCAAUACGGCCGUCAUCUACCUCACGUUUAAGCACCGCCAUCUUCAAACCGUGCAGAACAUGUUCAUACUAAACCUUGCCCUUUCUGAUGUAAUUGUAUGCCUUCUAUCGAUGCCCUUCACCCUUGUCACCAACAUCUACAAGGCUUGGUACUUUGGCAGCCCGUUUUGUCAUUUGUUGCCAAUGGUACAGGGCGUCUCCAUCUUCGUCUCAACGUUUUCUCUAUCAGCGAUAGCGCUGGAUAGAUACAAUUUGGUGGUUAGACCACAUGCACAUCCAUUAAAUGUCAGAGGCGCGUGUCUCGUGGCUGCUGUUCUAUGGAUCGUCUCCGUCAUCGUCUGUCUACCGUAUGGAUGGUAUAUGCGUAUCCAGACGUAUCCCGGAUUUUGCGGCGAGUACUGCUCGGAGAGUUGGCCGUCCCAAGAUGUUCGUCUUGGCUAUGCGCUUCUCGUGUUGACCACCCAAUUCCUUCUGCCAUUUGCCACGAUGGCCGUCUGCUACUAUACCAUCUUUUCCGUGCUCAAGGAGCGAGCCGCCGUAAAACUAAAGAAACUAAGCGAGCGGAGCCAACUUCUGGAGAAUAGCACGGCAUUGGCGCAUGAACAAUCGGUGGACACUGGAGACUACGUACCAGCAGCUGAAGGACAACAAAGACUCACCGUAGUCAUGCAGCAAAGACGAACAACCAUGAUUCUCGCAUCUAUGGUAUUGCUAUUCGGCGGGACCUGGUUACCGUACAACCUAUUCACGAUGCUCGUUGACUACGGCGAGGGCUUCUUCUAUUACGGGGAGACGAAUUACGAGUAUUUUGUCAGCACUAUUACGCAUAGCUUUGCCAUGAUCACCAUCGUUGCCAAUCCAUUUCUGUACGCGUGGUUGAAUCCGUCGUUUAAGGAGAUUUUGAUGAAGACGCUGCGCGGCCGAUCGCAUGCCGAUUUGAAGUAUCAUACUAGCAUUAGCCGGACACCGACUGUGGCGAAGAAGCCGGUCACUAAGGUGUCGAGCAAAGCCUCCUGCCCGUCCGUCGGCUACUCUGAGGUCUACCAAAAUUCCACGCCAGCCACCCCGGGUUCCCCA